GCCGUAUUACACUAUCUGAAAAAAUUUUAAAUACAAACUUCCAUAGUGACGGGGGAAAUAUAUUAAUUUUCCUGGUCACAGCUCGAGACACAAUCCGCUGUUUUUGCGGUAUUAGAUACCUUUAGUCUUUUAUUGGACCUUUUAUUUCCAUAUAGCCAAAAUGGCAAACACUAUGGACUGCCGUGCUGAUGCAGCCAGCUACUAUGAUCCGGAGAAAAAUGCCACCGGUGAUCACUACUGCUUUUCGGAGACCACUCCUACUUACAUUCGCCAUGAAUUCGUUAAGAAAGUAUUUGCAAUUGUAACUCUUCAAUUAUGUGCAACCUUUGGAUUUAUGCUAUUGGCUUCCAAUGUCGAACCCAUGAGGGAGUUUUUCAUUAGGAACUACUUUAUCGGUAUUAUAGCUCUUGUUAUAUUCCUUGUGGUUUCUAUUGUGAUAUCGUGUAAAAGGUCCUUAGCUCACAACAAGACGGUCGCAUUUUCUUUGUUGGCUCUUAUGACUACCUGUAUGGCUUUGUAUCUUACUUGCUUUGCUUGCAAAUUCGCACCUUUCGAGAUUACUGUGGCUGCUGGUAUCACUGCGGGUCUAACUUUGGCUGUAGCCUUGUUUGCUUUCCAAACUAAGUUCGACUUCACUGGAUACAUUCUCUAUUUGUUGAUCAUCAGCAUUGCUCUUCUUUUCUCUGGUAUUAUCAUUGCCAUAUUCCCAUCAAAGGCUGGACGUAUUGCGUACAGUUCUAUGGCUGCACUUCUGGUAUGCAUCUACCUUGUCAUUGACAUCCAGAUGGCAAUUGGUGGUAAACAAUACGAGUGGACCAUUGAUGACUAUGUCAUUGCCGCUGUUGCUAUUUACUCUGACAUUGUCAGCUUAUUCUUACACAUUCUCAGCAUUGCUGGCAACUCCAACAACUAGAUUGGACAUUAGUG